AUGUUGGAAAAGGGGCUCAACCCAACUCGUGAAAACAAGGCGCAGUUUUCCUACAAGAUGAUGAACCAUGGUAACAAAUAUGAUAACGCCUUGCGUUUCGUAAAAGACCUUAAGGCACAAUGGGGCAAAGGGAAUGCAACUCUUUGUCUGCUUUACAACGCAACAGGGGAAACACUAGCAUAUAUGACAAGCCGCAAUUGGUGUGGUGAUAUUGGGCCAAGUCCAUACCCGACAAUCAUUUUGAAUGGUCAAUGGGGUGCAUAUUUGCACACAAAAACAGGAAAGACAAGUGGAUGUGCAGCUGCAGUAGUGUAUCGUGGCAAAUACUCUGACAAUGCUUUCUGCGACUAUAUGAUUACUUGGUCUCUCCCUUGGCUGAGAUUCACCCAAGCCAACGCGGCAUACUGCGAGAUCAAUCAAGUUGGACACUUUGAUGGUGUAGUUUGGGAUGCAAUUUAUCGCAAAACACCAUUAGCAGGCAGAGAAAGCAGCACGGAAUGGAAGGAUUGUUAUGCAAGGGUCAAGAUCGAACGUGCCAGUUCCCCUCUAUUUAAAGCCAUUCUCACACAUGUUAAUGUCGAAGUAACAUCUGUCUAG